CUCAAGGUGAUUCGGCAGGGGUCCAUGCGCGCCUCUCGAAGCCACUUUCAACGGCAGCGCUCGAGUGCGUCCAAACAAAAUUGCAACCGCCGCAUCAACUUCGAGCUUGCAACUUGACAUCCACUUUUGAACUACAGUGGCUUUCUAGAUUCUCUUCGCCGAAUGGAAAUGGGCGACCGCCGCCUAGGAAAGGGGCCUCCUCUCGUGAAGCAUAACCUGCCCGAUCCCUUCACAACUGAUGCCACGAGAAAGACCCUCGUCGAAUCGAACCGACCUUCGAUUUUCAGCAAUGCUGGCGCAUGGCGCCCGUCGCAGAAUACACACGCAACGAUAGCAGCGCCGCGUCCAUCGCCAUCGUCCAGCUUGCAGUCAGCGUUCAUGAGAGACACCACGCACACCGCACCAACGUCGAGCUACUUCCUUAGAACGCUAUAUCUUCCCGCAAUACAGUGGUCGCUGCCAGCGAGCUACAUGUAUCCUGACAGCAAGUACAGAGAAUAUCUACGACAGCGGCAGAAUGUGCGCCUCCACAUUGACCCCAUUCUUGAGAUCUUCCCUCGCAAUACCACGCUUCCAGCCCGCACAGCAGGCUUUCUGGGAACGCGCAUCCUAGUACACCUCGACAUGAAGACACUCCUUCUCGCCCAACGAGUGUGCCGAUACUUCAAUAAGCUGAUCACUCUGUCGCCUCACCUCCAACGCCGCCUCUGGUUUCAGGGCUGCUCCGAGCAGUUCUUCCCCGACCUUCGAGAAAUCGACUUACCGAAUUUCCUCGAUCCUUUGAUCGAGAACAUUCGUGCCGAACUCGAUUUGUUCUAUCACUACGACCCAAAGAACAUGAUUCAAGUCAUACUGUAUGCUCCAGCGCGUGAAAAGGUCUCAUUGUUCUAUGCAUUGGAAGCGAGCUGGCAAAAGAUGUUGGUAAUGAGGAGUGCUGAGAAGAGGAAAUACUGGCGCGUUGUGCUCCCACCGUAUGGGCAUAUCAAUAUGGGCAUCUUUGAUACUGCGCCGACUUUUGGACAGAUCAUCGACGCGAUUAUCGAUGUCUUGACGUAUGGUGGGCGCAAGUACAAGGUGAUCCUCCCGGCAUGCGGGUAG